AGCCAGCCAGCCAUCGAGCGCCAUUUAAGUAGGGAGAGAAUCCCCAUCAUGUCGUCAUCCACGGCGGAAGUUGCAUCUUCCAAUGGCAUCAGCGGCGAGGAAUAUUGCGUCUCGGGGAGGUGGGGGGACCGACUUUAUGUAGCGCCGUGCGGACGGACACUGGAAGAGACGGAAACAGAUCUUGUGAGAAAAGCAAAGCAGGAACCUGAACAGCCAGACUGAAUAGUAAGAAGAACCUGUUCUGGCCCACACACUCUUCAACUCUGCCCAAUCAGUUUGUCCGGACGCCACCACCGCCCCUCACACAUCAUCGAAACGAAACAUCCGAGCACCCGACCACAUCCUCAGCAUCCGCACGCAUGGCUCCCGCGCAAAUCGACCACGUGGUGAUCCUGCUGCCGUAUAAAGACCUGCAAGCGCCGCCCUCAUGGAUAACCGACAACUUCACCAUCACGCCUGGCGGGCGGCACACGGACGGGCGCACGGAAAACAAGCUGAUCGUGUUCCAAGACGGCACGUACCUCGAGCUGAUCGCGUUCAUCAACGACUCGCCCUCGCACCGGCGCGGGCACCCAUGGGGCUCCAAGCACUACGGCUUCGUCGACUUCGCACUCACGUCCCCGCGGGACUUCGACUACACCGGCUUGCGCGGCCGCAUCAAUAAGCGCAGUGGCCGCCUGGGCAUCGACUAUGCGUUCCCGCAGGACGGCGGGCGGCACCGCGACGAGGACGGGAAGGAGGUGCGGUGGAAGGUGACUGUGCCGGUGAACCAGAGCACCGUCAAGCCGCCGCCGUGGUCGCCGCCGCCGAACCGCCGCGGAGAAAUCCCGUUUUGGUGUCAUGAUGUGACAGAGCGGAAGCUGAGGGUCGAUAUGGAGGGGACCACGCAUCCGAGCGGCGUGCUGGGCAUUGCGCAGUUGACCGUGUUGGCCCCGAAGGCGAAGAUGGAGAGGUACAUCGAGUUGUACUCGUCCAUUAUGGAUACCCAGCCCGUCAGGGCGUUUGGGACCACGAGGUUGCCCCUUGAUGCGCCGGUGGCCGUGCCUGGGCUGGUUAAGCCGUGGGUAUUUGUGGAGGAGCCGACGCUCGAGGCCGAGAUAAAGAUGAUCGCCGAGAGGGGUGCAGGGAUAGUUGAGGUUGCCUUGAGGGUGGGCACGGAUGGGAGGGUGGGGUUGGCGAGAGCGCCGAUCAAUGUGGGGGGGAUUUGGAUCCAUUUCUUGAUGUAG